AAAUUUUCCAGUCAUUGUUCAACCUUUCUUCUGUCAUUCCAAUCGCAACUUCGCCGUCGCCGUAUUGUCACUUUGCCACCCUAUCACAACCGUAUGCUUCUCUCUUCGCCACUGUAUCUAAUCCACCCUUUCUUUGUUGUUGAAUAGCUAUCUAUCUGUUGCACAUCGUUCUUUUCCUUUCUCCUCUUUCCAUCACCCUCGACAAUGUUUCCUCUUUUUCUGAAGAAUCUCUCCUUUCUCCCUUCUUGUCUUUCUCGCAAGGUUUUUACCAGAAUUCAAGUGGGUCAGUUCUCAUCAUCUUCUUCUUUUCCUGAGGUUUCAGUAUGGUGGCACCUUGACAGCUGUGUCGUGCCUUCUGGGAUUAGCUAUUCGAAGGUAGCACCUUCAACUACGGUUGCCCUUAGAGCGAACGGGAUUAUGGGUAAUACUUAUGGCGAUUUUAAUUCUUCUGAGGUCGACAAAGAGGCUCUUAAUUCAACCAACUUUUCUCUACACGGAUCCAUUACCGAUUCCUCUUCUGUCAAACAUAAAUUAAAUACCGUUGGAAAGAACAAUAGGUAUAAGCAUUUUCUUAUGGAUCUUAAUGAUUGGGUUUCCGCAAAUCCUCCACCCGUACACCUCUUUUUGAUAUUUGCUAGUGAAGAAUUCUCUAGUAGUGGCAUAUUGCACCGGUUAAGAAUGUGCAACUACAAUAUCUUGCUUGCAUGUCCAGGAAUGCCUCAUGUUGCUCUUUGCCAUGCACCAACUAUAAUGUGGGACUAGUCUUCGUUGCUCGAGGGGGAAGACCUUACAGGAAAACAUUUCAACCAUCCUCCUGAUGGUCCAACUAAUUCACGGUAUGGAAACUCAAAUGUGCCUCUUGAAAACCCCUUC